ACGCCCGGGCCUCGUCAACAUCGGCUCCCAGGUUAGCCUGCUACGUGGGGAGGGCGCACUUACCCCUCAGCCUAGCUCUGGCCCUGGAGGUGGCCCGCCACCACCGGCCCCGCCAACUCCCCGGGCGAACUUCCCUUACAAUGGCGCCACCCCUGCCGCUUCCGCUGGGAAUACGGAAGUCCCGCCCCCGCUCCGGAAGUCCGGUGGCCUCGCUUCCUCAAAGGAUUCCCCCGCCCCGACGCGGAGAAGACUUGUGUUCAGCCCCGGGUGGGCGCGGGCUGAGUUAUCCGCGUGCUCCGGAACCGGGUCUGGGGAGCUCUGCCCUUCCGGCCGCGGGCGCCGGGAGUUCGGGCGGCGGCGGCGGCAGCGGCUGGAGAGCGCCGGUGCGGGCGCGAGGCCCGUGCGGGGCCAUGAACGGAACGGCGAACCCCCUGCUGGACCGCGAGGAGCACUGCUUGCGCCUCGGGGAGAGCUUCGAGAAGCGGCCGCGGGCCUCCUUCCACACCAUCCGCUAUGAUUUUAAGCCAGCAUCUAUAGAUACUUCUUGUGAAGGAGAGCUUCAGGUUGGCAAAGGAGAUGAAGUCACAAUCACCCUGCCACAUAUCCCUGGAUCUACACCGCCAAUGACUGUGUUCAAGGGAAACAAACGGCCUUACCAGAAAGACUGUGUACUUAUUAUUAAUCAUGACACUGGUGAAUAUGUGCUGGAAAAACUCAGUAGCAGCAUUCAGGUCAAGAAAACAAGAGCUGAGGGCAGCAGUAAAAUUCAGGCCCGGAUGGAACAGCAGCAGCCCUCUCGUCCCCCUCAGCCACCCCCGCCUCCACCACCCAUGCCCUUCAGAGCUCCAACAAAGCCUCCGGUUGGACCCAAAACUUCUCCUGUAAAGGAUAACCCUUCACCUGAACCUCAGCUAGAUGACAUCAAAAGAGAGCUGAGGGCUGAAGUGGACAUCAUUGAGCAGAUGAGCAGCAGCAGCGGGAGCAGCUCAUCAGACUCGGAGAGCUCCUCCGGCAGUGAUGACGAGAGCUCCAGCAGCGGCAGGGAGGACAAUGGCCCUGCCUCUCCACAGCCUUCACACCAGCAGCCCUACAGCAGCAGGCCCGCCAUGGCUAACGGCACCAGCCGGCCCCCGGGAAGUACCCAACUCAUGAACACGCUCAGAAAUGACUUGCAGUUAAGCGAGUCUGGCAGCGACAGUGAUGACUAGCCCUGGAUCUUUUGAAAUCUUCUCUCUGGUGCGUAAACGUGUUGCGAGACUGGGCUACUUUCGUAUGGAGUCCAUCGCCACAAGGAGAAGUCUGUGGAUCCGUCCCUAUAGGAGUCUGAGGCCCUGGGCCUCUCAGAUAGUCAAGUUUUAACUUGCUGGUGAUGGGUGAUUUUCUCAUGUAAUUUUUGAACAAUCUCCUUUCAAAGUUUAAGUAGAUCUCUAGAAGAACUAACAGGAUUCCAUUUCUAUUGGGUUCACAUUGCUAGUGGAAAAAAGGACAACUAUACCCCGGUCUGGGUCCCCAGGAUAACCGUGUCUUCACCAGGCCAACACUUUGUUUGGAAGUUUCAGCAGCCGUCAGUUUGGCCAAGUGAUCUGCACCAGUGAAUUGAAAGUCUUUGGUGAGGGAACUUAGACACAAAGAAAUUGCUAAGCCACUUGAAAUUGGUGGCACAGUGAUAAGGAAGUCAUGUUCGACCCAGAACAAGACCAUGUUGCCAUGGGCCUCACUAGAGUCCUUGGAGGUGUGCUCACUCCACCCCUCAUUGAAAAACUAGGAAAGGGAAGCCCACAGCUGGUUCACACCACUCUCCUGCCCCUUAGGACAGGGUUUUUUCACUGCUUCCUCCUUUGGAUUUUACUUAUCAAAAUACUUGUACCUGGAACUUGUAGUUGAACAUUGGCAUUUAGAUUCCAAAACAGAAGUGUGAGGUUCACCCAGAUCAUCCCUAACUCCACGAGGCUGAUGAGCAGAUGAAAGCAGCCGCCUCUCUGCUGCCUAGGGUGCAGCAGAGGCUUGUAGCUCCCUUGUGUCUGCCCUAGGUGUUCUCUGUGUGCAUUUUGGUGGAGAUAAGGGGCAGGAGAGGAAGCAAGGAGGUAAGCCUUUCUGAACAAAUGAGCCAGCAGCAGGCUUUCCAGAAUGAAAAUCUAGAUAGGAGCUCUGCAAUAUGAAUUGAGCAAAUUCUUUGAUAAGGUCUUUGUUUAUGCUCUUGUACCACUGUCUGUGCCUGACUCUCAGACUGGUCUGUAUUUUUAUUGUAAAACUAGAAGAACGUCACAAGAUUGCCUUCUAUGGUGCAGUUUCCAACUGAACCUGUCAUUGCUGGAAACUUGUCACUCAUAAAUGUUCUGUAUUGUGUGAGUAUGCUACAUUGUUCUCUGAUCUGUAUGCAGUGGCCCAUUUCUCCAUGUGAGUGAACUGUCCAAGGAAAUCUCUGCUUUAGUCAGUAGGCAUCAAGACAAUGAAUUAUCUUCCUCCAUUCAUGUGGCUACUCCCUCCCGAGCUAAUGGAAGGAAGUGGUCUGGACCUCGAAAGGAAAUGGAUGGUCCGUGAUGGGGGAUUUCCUUAGGUUGUCCUAUUAGUCCACAUUUUGUCCACCUUGUAACUGCUGUGAGCUGGAGGGCUGGCAAGGAACCAUUUGCAUGCUCCAGUUAUUCUGCCCCAGUGUAGGUGAUAGAUGUGUGCCAGUACCUUGUGAUUGGGGUCCCAGCCCGUUGGAUGGGUUCCAUGAAUGGACAAGUAGGAACUUAUUUAUAGCGAACUGAUAAUUGCUGAAGAAGCCUUGCUAGUGACAGCUCAGGGAAGGUGAAAGUCAGGAUUGGAGACUUGAAUUGUUACUAGAUGUGAGAAUUAUUUUAUUGAUCUUAACUUGCUUACUGGGGCAGGGUCCAGAAACUUGAACUAAAAAUGUCUGUUUAAGCCCCAGCCUUUUACCCUUUUCUUCUCCAAAGCUUUUAAUUGUGUAGACAGAACUGUGGAUUUUGGCAUGUUGGAUCAGAUGUUUGUUUCUGUAGGAAAUACUUGCAGGUGGCACCGAGCAAGCUCUCUGAGCAUCAGCCCCUCUUCCUUGUCAUGCAUGGUGUUACUGUCUAGCAUGGCUGUGGUUUUUGUGCUCUGCCAGAGGUUUGGGUGUUUACCCCCAUUCCACCAGAGGAAGAAAUCUUUGACUUGGAAACUCAGAACACAGCCUCACAGAUUUCUCCUGCUCUGCGCCCUGCACUGCCAACCUUGUUUCUGAGGUUCUAUAGGUUCUAUCUUUAUGGACUCUCCUCUGUUUCACCCUAUGUGCAGGGUCCUGUGUGUCCAAACUGACCUUCCUCUUGCUUGGCCCUGGGCUCCUUAAAAGAAAGCACUGUCAGCACAGAUAGACAUACGUUGUAGCCUGUUGGGGAGGAGGCAGCGAAGUACCGAGGAUAGACACAGAAUAUUCUAGGUAUCCACAGCUAGACAUGCUCAUGCCGAAGUCCCUAAUGGAAUCAUCCAUUGCCUUUCCUUUGUUGAAUGAGUUCUGCUGUGCCAUGGGCCAUUGGGCAAGGAGGAAAUGUCUAGCUGAAGUGUCUGAGAAGCCAUGGCAAGCCUUAUUACUUCAAACCUGAGUGAUUUUGGGACCCCCAACACAAACUAGCCAUUUGUAAUAAUGCCACUCGUUUCUGUAGCAGAGAGAGUGUGUGUGUGUGUGUGUGUGUGUGUGUGUGUGUGUGUGUGUGUGUUGCUAUUUAGCACUAGGAAAACUUAAAAAUUCUAAAAGUCUUUACUUCCCUGAUUUGGUAGUGUUUGUGUAUGAGAGAGAAUGACAUAUUUAUUAUACUUUUUUGAAAGAAAUUCUUGUCUGUCUUGUGGACAUACAUUAGGUACAGCCAACUGGAUAUUUUCGUUUGGCAAGGCAUGGAUUUCUGAAACUCAGGCCUUAACCAGUAGGCCAAUUGAAGCCUAUGGAAUGUGUUUUUGUGUUCUGUGUUUUUUUGUCCAAGACCGGAACUCGAAGUCAGCAUCUGAUGCUUUCACUCAUGACUGGCACUCUACCACCUGAGCCAUGCCGCCAACCAUGAAAUGUGUUUUUGUUCCUUAUAUUUGUCUUAGGUUCAUUGUCUCAUUCUUUAGUGAUUUUCAAAGAAAUCUUGUGCCUAAAAGUUCAUUUUUCCUAAUUAUGAAAUAGAUAUGCAUGUUUACAUUUAUGUAAAGUAUUUGCUCUGUAUAGUUUUUGUUAUUGUUUCUCUUAAAAGAUCACUAUAUAUAUUUAAAUAAAAAUGAAGG